AUGGACUUCAACAUAGACUUCAACAUAGACUUUAACAUAGACUUCAACAUAGACUUCAACAUAGACUUCAACAUAGACUUCAACAUAGACUUUAACAUAGACUUCAACAUAGACUUCAACAUAGACUUUAACAUAGACUUCAACAUAGACUUUAACAUAGACUUCAACAUAGACUUCAACAUGGACUUCAACAUGGACUUCAACAUAGACUUCAACAUAGACUUUAACAUAGACUUCAACAUAGACUUCAACAUAGACUUCAACAUAGACUUCAACAUAGACUUCAACAUAGACUUCAACAUAGACUUUAACAUAGACUUCAACAUAGACUUCAACAUAGACUUCAACAUAGACUUCAACAUAGACUUCAACAUAGACUUUAACAUAGACUUCAACAUAGACUUCAACAUGGACUUCAACAUGGACUUCAACAUAGACUUCAACAUAGACUUUAACAUAGACUUCAACAUGGACUUCAACAUGGACUUCAACAUAGACUUCAACAUAGACUUUAACAUAGACUUCAACAUAGACUUCAACAUAGACUUCAACAUAGACUUCAACAUAGACUUCAACAUAGACUUUAACAUAGACUUCAACAUAGACUUCAACAUAGACUUCAACAUAGACUUCAACAAAGACUUUAACAUAGACUUCAACAUAGACUUAACUGGGUCAUAA